AGACACAAUCAGCACUCAUUUUGCUUCAAGCUACCACCAAUGGCAGAUGAUGGAGUGCUGCCGGUCGAUAAGUUAACAAUUUCCGACACUGUCGAAGAAGCCGAAUUCUCACAACGUGUUCUGAUCCGAUCAAUUUUAGGCCGUCCUGAUGGCGGCGCUGGUCUUGCCGGGAAGACCUUGAAGGUAGGCGGUUGGGUGAAGAAAGGGAGAGAACAAGGCAAGGGAUCAUUUGCGUUCCUUGAACUUAACGAUGGAUCCUGUCCGGCGAACCUUCAACUGAUAAUUUACUCCGAUGUAGCGCCGCUAGGCCAAUUCACUCCCACUGGCACGUGCCUGCACGUGGAGGGCGUGCUUCAGAUGCCUCCUGAAGAUAAACAGGGGAAGCAGUCGAUUGAACUUAGGGUUUCGAAGGUCUUAGAUGUUGGGACUGUGGAUCCCGCUAAGUAUCCGUUGCCCAAAACGCGAUUGACACUUGAAUUUUUGAGGGAUUACGUUCAUCUUCGGCCCAGAACUAACACUAUUUCUGCUAUUGCUCGAAUUCGUAAUGCACUAGCUUUUGCAACUCACACAUUCUUCCAAAAGCACGGGUUUCUUUACGUGCAUACUCCAAUCAUCACCACCAGUGAUUGUGAAGGUGCUGGAGAGAUGUUUCAGGUCACAACUCUGAUUAAUGAAGCAGAAAAGUUGGAAAAAGAACUGAUAAAAAAUCCUCCUCCAUCCCAAGAAGAAGUGGAUAUGGCCAAGGGUGUUGUCAAGGAAAAAGGUGAAAUAGUUGCCAAGUUGAAGUCUGAUAAAGCUGGUAAAUCUGUAAUAACAGCUGCAGUUGCGGAACUUACUAAAGCAAAAGAGAAUCUUUCAAAGCUUGAAGAGAGAUUUAACCAAAAACCUGGUAUUCCUAAGAAGGAUGGGAAGGUUGAUUAUGGUCAAGAUUUUUUUGCCCGUCAGGCGUUUCUAACUGUUUCGGGACAACUUCAAGUUGAGACUUUUGCUUGUGCACUUAGUAGUGUUUACACUUUUGGGCCAACUUUCCGAGCUGAACAUUCUCAUACUUCAAGGCAUCUUGCCGAAUUCUGGAUGGUUGAGCCAGAAAUAGCUUUUGCGGAUAUUGAGGAUGAUAUGAAGUGUGCAGAGGCAUAUGUUAGGUUUCUAUGCCAAUGGUUACUUGACAACUGUUACGAUGAUAUGGAAUUUAUGGCUGAAAAGUUUGAUAAAAAAGCUAUUCAACGGCUACAAAUGGUUGCUUCAACCAACUUCAUACGCCUUUCAUACACAGAAGCAGUUAAAAUUCUCGAGGAAGCUGUUUCUAAAGGCCACAAGUUUGAGAACAAAGUAGAAUGGGGAAUUGAUUUGGCAUCAGAACAUGAAAAAUACUUGACAGAGACCAAAUUUGAGUCGCCUGUGAUUGUAUAUAACUAUCCUAAGGGGAUCAAAGCAUUUUACAUGAAAGUCAACCCCGAUAACAAAACAGUAGCUGCUAUGGACGUUCUUGUGCCAAAGGUGGGUGAACUAAUUGGAGGAAGCCAAAGAGAGGAGAAUUAUGAGAUCAUCAAAGAAAGGAUUCUUGAGAUGGGACUGCCACUUGAGCCAUACGAGUGGUACCUUGACCUGCGUCGCUAUGGGACCGUGAAGCAUAGUGGGUUCGGUCUAGGAUUCGAGAGGAUGAUUCUUUUUGCAACUGGAAUCGACAAUAUUAGGGACGUAAUUCCCUUUCCAAGGUAUCCAGGAAGAGCAGAUCUUUGAGGUACAUGGGACAAUACUACAAAUACACACAUCUGAUUCCCUUUUGCUUUAGUAUUUAUUAGAAAUACAACUAGUAAGGUUUUGUUGCUACUUGUUUCUUUAAUGUACUGAUUGUGUGAUGAUGUUAAACGACUUUUUCACUUCCCAUUGCGAUGAAUUAGUAAAUCCAC